GAUUCCUUUUGAAGCUUUUAACUACUACUCUAUUCAUUUCUCUCCUGACUCUUCCACUUCUCAAUCGUCUCUCUCUCUAUAUACACAUCCGAUUGAGAAAUCUAAGCAGGUGGAUCUAUUGAUUGAACUAAUCUGAGGCUGAUAAGUGUUUGAAUUUUGAAUCAAUCGGCUUCGGAAGCAACAUUGCUCGGUAAGCAUUUCGAUUCUUAUCGUCUAUGUCUUCUUUACUAAUCUCGAAUCCAGUAACCGACCUCCAAGUUACGAGACGGAAGAAGAGGAAGAAGAUCACACAUACACAUGAUCAAGUUCAGAAUCCAUCUCAAAACUCAAUUCAAUGGAAAUCCGAACUGCAGCAACAAGUUUACUCCUCAAAACUCUUACAAGCUCUCCGCCAUGUCCGGUUAAGUUCUUCUCCUUCACCAACGUGCCGUGGACGUGCAGUGCGGGAAGCUGCGGACAGAGUAUUAGCAGCCACAGCUAAAGGAAGGACGAGAUGGAGUUGCGCGAUUCUUACUAGACGGAUGAAGAUAAAAUUCUCGAAGAACAGAAGACUGAGGACGACGAAGACGACGGUUACGGCUGGUAACAGAUUGAGUAUUUUGCGACGUAAGUCAAAGAACUUGCAGGCGGCAGUACAGAGGAAAGUUAGGUUCCUUGGCCGUUUGAUUCCUGGUUGUAGGAAGGAAUCGCAUCCGGUUAUUCUAGAAGAAGCAAGUGAUUACAUAUUGGCAUUGCAGAUGCAAAUCAGAGCUAUGAGUUCCCUUGCGGAUAUGCUCUCGAGCUCGAUUUCAGAUGCAUUGCCUUCUACUCAAUCUCCUCCUCCUCCUCCGAUCUGAUCUGAUUUCUGGUUUGGAAUUUCGAUUUCGAUUUCCAUCUAUCUAUCUAUAUGCUGCUAGGAAGAUGACUGUAGUACAUUUAGCCGCCUAUAAUGAAGAAAUAAAAACAAUGAAUCGAUCCUACUUUUCUUCUUCUUCUUCUUCUUCUCAUAAUAAUUCUUUAAUUGGAUAGUAGAUCUGAAGGUAAAAAGAUAUAUACAUUGAUUGAAAUCAUCAUAUUGAAUGGUUGUUUGUUUAUGAUUGUUUAGUUUGAUUGAUAUUUCUUAGCAGGUGUGGUGUGUUUUAACUGUAUUGAUAUUUUCUUUUACUGAGUGUGGAUGGGAACAAAGGAAAGGAAGAAGACAACAAACAAAUAAUAAUGGAGGAGAAGGACACUUGACAACACUUCUUCUUCUUCUACUACUUCUAGUACAGAGACGACAGAGAAGAUAGCAGAAAUGGUUGUGGCUAGGCUAAGGCUAAAGCUAAAGCAGCCUAGAUAGAGGUUAGAUCUUAUUCCCUGUCUAAAUAGGGUAAAUAUAGUAACUAGUAUUAUUAUUAUUUGUUUAUGAAAUUCUGUCAUAUACCAUGUGGAUCUGGUGGUUGUCCCCACCAUAACCCUAACUCCUAAGCUUCUCUUUUGAUCUCUAUCUCUUUAACAUGCAUCUUGACAAAA